AUGUUCGCAACCUGCCUUGAUUCCUUCACAGAAGCGCUGUGGACAGAGCUCCAUCCUACUAUGGUAUUCAGCGGCUUUACAAUGCCUGAUGAUGGUUUCGGCUUCCACCUGGGCACUUGGGAUCCUGUCCGAAACUCGACUCUUGUUCAUUCUGGUGCAGUUGCUCAAUGGUACGAUGAACAUACUCUCGAGACAUACGAACAUGAACUACUCGCAUCUCCGAGUGUCGUUCCUGGUGGAGGAUGUCAAGGAGGGCCUGCUGUGAUGAAACAGACCAACGUUACCCAGGUUGGACGGCAACUGGAACACUAUCGGAGGCUUGCACAACUUCAGACAUCCGAUGAAGCUCCAACCGCGACAUUUCCGCCAGAUAUGGAAAUUCGUUUCGGGUUGAUUCUUUCUUCCCCAUCGGUCUGUUUCGUGGAACAAGCUGUUCUGGAGACGAAGAAUGAAAAUACCACCUCCGAGUCGGCCUUGUUGGUUUCAUCUGUCGAUCGCUUGGCUCCUUGGGCCGGGCCUAUCGUCGCAUUAUGGUUUGCUAUGUCGAUACCCCAGCACGAUAUUGUACACCCAGAUGGCAGCGUCACGCGCGGUGUUCCCUUCCCUCAUAUGGUCAAUCUGGCCAGCCUGAUCCAUGAAGGCACGACCAGUCAAUUUCUACAUCAACUUAAGGGUGAACAAACAGUCGAGUACGGAACAUGUUCAGCGACACACUCCUCAAUGUCCAAUAUUCAAGAUCCGACCUCCCUGGCUUGUAUCCGUCUGCAAGCUCUGAACAACGUGAAUGCGACACCCCGUUAUCUAACUUAUCUUCGACCAGUUACAUUAGACUACUCACAGUCCAAGUCUCGACCGGUGACUGCCACUGCUGAUGAUAGUGAUAGCCAUUCGGAGCCAGACAGUCCCACUUCUGGCACCUGGACGACAACAUGGACAUCUCCUGGACCGGAUAGCCCCUCCAUACUUCAUGCAGCCCAUGGUGACCUUCUACUCUCCUCCACUUUGAUAAAGCGAAAUGUCUUCCGCGGAACCUUGAACAUGCAACGUUCUGCCGUCACCGUCAUCUUCAAGACAUAUCCCCUUCACCGACUCUCCUCAUUGGCAAGAGAGUCUUUGAGUUACAAGAAGCUUGCUUCUGUGUCUUGGGUUCCCAAAUGUUUUGGUACCUUCCGACCUAACACGAUCGCUAACGGUUGGAUCGGUCUCAUUUUGGAGGACUUGGGUGACUAUCAGUGCCCACCGUGGGACGACUUGGAGCCUUCACACCGACAUUCGUUGUAUGCAUUACUUUGUGGCCUCCAUGAUCAUGGCAUCUGCCAUGGUUCUUUUGCCCCCAGAAAUGUCGUGCUUCGAGGAGGGGAAUGGUACCUGAUCGACUUCGAGCGCGCAGUGGUUGAUCAUGAAUGCGCGGGCAGUACAUGUGACGAACUGGUUCAAGCGCGCAAGAACUUGAAAGUUGUGUGA